UUUUUAAUCCGUCAUUUCUUUUGAUGUUGACAAAAUAUCAUAAUAUUUAAGUUAUGUAUUUAUUUGAAAUUGCUUAAUCAGGACAUUCGCGAAGAUAAUCAUGUAUCUGAUAUAUCGCUUUUUUACUAGCAUAAUUUUUGCGGUGAUAAAUACGACUAUUGUGUUGUAUAUGUGUCAACGUUUUUUCCGAGUGAUGAGAGCGCAUUAUCAGAUUAUGGCCGAAGCUGAGAGAUUUAAUUCAAUUAUUUCUGAGUCACGUGCAAGCCUCAAUUACAUCAGCUCGAAGAUAUCUGAAGGAAUGGAUCAGAUGAAGGAAGAUAUUGCCAGAGAAUUGUUCAUUACCGAUCAUUUAACGAAACUUAAUUCGAGAGUAGGCCUGUUACUGCAACGUUAUUCCGAAUUGGAAGAAGGAUUGAUUGAGCUAGUAAGAAUGAAUCAUAAUAUGAAGAGCGUGCGGAUUGAAACCCCAAUUGACAUCAACGAAGAAGUCAAGUGUAUCCUUACAGCGGCAAAAAAAAAGCAAUCGCAGCAGCAGCAACAAUCAGAUCAUCCUCGAACACCGACGAAAUUGCGGACAUCAACAAACACUUCUACAGGAGCGAAGGAUUCUCAGCCGCACAAUUUCAUCACGAGUUCGAAGUUCCUUACGUCGCAAUCAUAUGACACCGACAUCUCAAACGCGACAUUUGAGAGACAAGAAAGACGUACGCCUGCAUAUCCGGAAGUUCAGCUAUUGAACGAUUCAAGACCAACAGUUGAUACAAAAGCCAUUGGUUUUCGACCAUCCUGGAAGUGCGAAACUUAAGAUAACUGUCAGAUAAACAUGUUUUUGUAUCUCUUUCGAUUUCUUCUUUUUCUAAUAAUUGUUAUUGUUCAUAAAAGUAUAGAAAAAAUUUAGACUGUGGAAUAAGAUAAAUGAAUACAACGCUUCUGUGUUUGCCAAGUAUUUCUGUUUAUCACAAAGAUAUUCAACUUUCUAAAAAAAUACUGCA